AUGUCUAAUUCCUCACUACCUCCAAGUCCAAUUGAAUUGUAUUUGCUAACUUAUAAUUGCAAUAAACAAACCUUGAGACCAGAUUUAUUUACUUCACAUAUACUUGAGGCGUUACCAGACCAGAUUUCAUCUCUUUAUGUUUUUGGAUUUCAAGAGUUCUGCACUAUCUUGGAAAGUUCUUUCACAUCUGAAGCAAACUCAAAAUUGAUCAAGCUCAAUGAAUUGAUACAGUCGGCUUUGCAGGAGAAGUAUCAAAAUCCAUCGAGCUUUCAAACUAUUUCUAUGAACUUUCUUGGAGCCAUUGGUAUGAUAAUGAUAAGCCCCUUUCCAUCAAAAUUUCAAAAAGUUCGAACUGCCACUAGUUCAUGUGGUUAUGGUUAUCUGAGCUUAAAAGGAGCAGUUGGGUUUAGAUUAACUUAUUGUCCUGAAGGGAGAUUUAACAGCACCAAUAAGGUUGAGUUAUCAUUUGCAAAUCUACACUUGAAUGCUUAUGAAGGGGAGUAUUAUUAUUUAAAACGAAACAAGAACCUUUACAAUUUGAUAAGAUCAUUGGAUUUUGGUGAUGGAUAUGGCUUAAUAAAGCCAAAAAACCAUAUUUUCAUCAUGGGAGAUUUAAAUUAUAGAACCAGUCAAGAUUAUAAAUCUUACAGUCAAGAGAGUCAAGAGUUAUUUUCAUUACUGGAAAUACCCACCAACGACUCAAAGUACAUCAAAAAAAUAGAGAGUCUAGUUGAUAAUUAUGAUGAAUUGAAGAAGAGUAUGGCAAAUGGUGGGGUCUUACAAAAUUUCUCAGAAGCAAAUAUUACAUUUCGCCCGACUUAUAAGUAUCAUAUCAACACGGCGAUAUAUAAUACCAAGAGAUCACCUUCCUGGUGUGAUCGUAUUCUUUAUGUGUCAAGUUAUGAAGAAAUAUUAGAUGAUAACUUGGGAUUACGAUUGUUGAAAACUACAGGAGCUGCUGAUACUAAAUAUGUAGAGCUGUUACCGUAUUACCUACCUAAAAUCAAAACUUACUCAUCGAUAGAUUCAUUGUUAUUGUCAGAUCAUAGGCCAGUAUAUUUAAAUAUAUCAAUACCUUUUAAUCCUCCAAAACUGAUAAUAUCACCUUUAUCUGGAUGUUUACAAAUUUUACCAUCAGGCUUGACUACUUCUACUAAUUUUGAUGAUUUUGCUCAAUUGAGGACGUUAGAACUGAGUACAAAUGUUGUAAGCGGUCCCACAACAGUUUAUCUAAUUCCUACAAAACUUGAUGGAUUUCUUAAUACUAUUGUAAGGCCAAUAAUGGAUCUCCUUAUAGGUUAUACACUUUGGUUCGGAACUACUACUCAAGGAAGACUUUUAUUAUUUAUGAUUUUUUUACUCAGCUGGUCUUUGUAUUACAUUUCAUAA